AUUCUAUGUUUGAAGGCUACUACCAGGAUGCGGGUAUGUCAAAUGUCGCGCUACUAAGGUUGAUGGCCUGCCGUCGAGCGGCCUCAGUGUAUAGGCACUGUGAAUUUGCGAUUCAAAGGCUGACACACUCUAGUGUUUAUCUCUCACGUCUUCCUGAUGAUCAUUCCAAACAGGUUUUGCAUGACGCUCUCGAAGAUGUGCAGUCAAUUGUGUCAGAGAUAAAAGAGAGCUUUGUCACUGAGAUUCCUCAAUUUCAGAAAUUGCUGCAGUAUCAGUUUAAUUCUCAGGGAAAACUUGUUCGUCCACUGCUUGUUACUUUAGCAGCUGCCUGUGCUAAUGCUCAUACACCACAUAAAUAUGUCUCCAGCAAAAGAUAUGACUGUUCUGAGUUGAAACGUUCCAGGAAUCUAAUAGAUCUAGUGUCACCCAAACAGCACGAGAUCGCUAAAAUUACAGAAAUGAUUCACACAGCCAGUCUUAUUCACGAUGACCUGAUUGAUUCUGCGUAUAUUCGAAGAGGUAAAACGUCGGCGUAUAGAGCUUUUGGACAUAAGAAGGCCAUUCUAGGAGGCGAUUAUAUACUCACGCAUUCAUCGCGUUUAUUAGCCCAAAUUGGUGACACCAGAGUGAUAUCAGUUCUUUCUGAAGUUAUUGAAGAUCUAAUUCAUGGUGAAAUGAUGCAAUUAACAGCCAACAGCGAUGAUGAUGAUAAACGAUUUCAAGCGUAUUUAACAAAAACCUAUCGCAAAACAGCAAGUCUUAUUGCUAACAGUUGCAAAGCAGUUACUAUGUUAGCUGUUCCAGCAGUGUCAUCGCGACAUAUUGACAAUAUGUAUGAAUUCGGUAGACAUUUAGGCAUGGCAUUUCAGUUGAUCGAUGAUGUAUUGGAUUUUGUCACAGACGAGACUAAUUUGGGUAAACCUAGUGGAGCUGAUCUACAAAUGGGUAUUGCAACUGGACCUGUGUUGUUCGCUGCUCAAAGAUAUCCUGAACUCAAUGCUAUACUCCUACGUCAAUUUAGUUUGGAGGGAGAUGCUAAAAGAGCUUUGGAAUUAGUUCAACAGUCGGAUGGAGUUGGUCAGACUCGAAUGUUAGCUGAAUUUCAUUUCCAAGCAGCUCAACGAUGUUUAUUUCAAUUCAGGGAUUCUUUGCCAAGAAAAGCUCUUCUACAUGUUGCAGCCAAUUUCUUACAACGUGAUCGUUAAAAAAAACUCAAUUAUUUUUUUUGAAAAUUGUAUUUCUCUUGUUGUUUUGUUACUUUAUUUGUCAUAGAAGAAAUGUAAAUUUGAUUUGUUGUGCCUACUCCUUUCUUUUUCUAUCCUCCAUGUUGUUAUUUUACAAGACUGUUAUAUCCUUACGCGUUAUAUUCUUCAUUAUCUCUAGUCUGAUCAGAUACGACCGACCCUCCCUUCAAAAGUGCCCUCCAAAAUACUAAAAAUGUUAAAUAGCGUUGACUUUAUCGUCUGUUUGUAACCUACCACUAUUCUUAUCAUUAUUAUUAUUAUUAUUAUUAUUAGUAGUAGUAGUAGUAAGGAUUCAGUUGAUAUGGGUGCGCUUUGAUAGUACGCACAGUUUUUUCUCUUGACUUUCAAAUAGUCUAAUUCAUUAUUAUAUUAUACCUUGUAAAAGCAUUUAUAUGCAAAGCAGAUGAAUUAGUUAUUUUCUUAUUUAGUCAAUCAGAUAUUAUAUCCAUCUUCAUUUUGUAACCUUUUUGUAGCACGUGUUCAAAGUACUUGUUCAUAUAUAUAUAUAUAUUUCAACUGUUUUAUGAAGUUGUAUGUCAUAAUCUUAACUCAGGUAGCGCUUGUAUAAUCCUUCUUUUGACGACACUAAUAAUGUUUUCAAAGACUGUGGUGUUUUUAAAACCUACAGUUAAUAGUUUUUUUAUUCAACUUGUUUUUGUUUUCUGUGAUUGCCUGGUAGAAGACAAUAUGUUGUGCUACUUAUACUUUCUUGAGUAUUAUUUUGUCUUAUUUUUUUUUUUGAAGUUUUAUUGAUGUGAAUAGUUUAGUUUAAUAUGGCUAUGAAUAGAGUAUCUUAAUUUGU